ACAUAGAACUAUGUCCGGUGUUUGAUGAUAAAAUAAUAACUAAACUGCUUCAAGAAUUGUAUUCGUAAUAUAUGUGAAGAUGCAAUCUUUUUAAUAUUUUAUGCACGGAGCUAUACAUUAGUUUUUCAUAAAUAUAGUAUCUGCUGUAUGCCCACACUGAGAUAAGAUCACAUAAGUGAAACAAAGAGUGAUAAACAACAUUUUUACUGUUUUCAUUUUCUGUCAGCCACGAAAGUGUGUCAAGCCUCGCUUUCGUAACCAAUGGAUGACUUCACGAGAGAAGAUCAUGUGCAGUUUUUACGGAAAUAAUAUUUAUUCUUGACGGAAGACAUUAUUGGAUUUUUUCUUGUUAAAUCGGAUCACAUUUCUACAUACUGGAAGGGGAAUAUAUUUUCUUGAAAUAUUCCAAAAACGCAGCCAUAGAUCUCUCUUAUUCUUUUAUUCGAUGAAGAUGAAUCAUUGAAGAUGAAAAGUUGACAACACGAUAAGCCACUUGUAACAAAUUUGAAAGAGCAUUUGGUUUCUUUUGUUAAGGGGAAUAUCUCAAACUUUUUACCAUGACUUUAUGUUUCAUAGUAUCAGUUACAUCAGUUUAAUUGGAUUACAUUAUUGCCAUUGCAUAAUAUUUAAUGAUAACGUGAAAUUUCCUGGUUUAUCCGUCAUCAUUUGGAAGACAGUGCUCUUAACCGGUGGUAAUUACCCCGAACGUUAGGAACUGUAUGUACUUUCUGGUGUUUAUGUCCAGAAUUUGGCUUCACAUUUUUCAGUGAAAUACAUACAGGAAGACUAAAAUGAUUUCGUUUACGCUGGCUAUUUCGAUUGGGAAACACAAACAGUCAAUGCGUUCACACACUUAUUUUCCAACUUUGGAAACAAAGUAUGUCGCGUAGACCAAAACAAGGAAACUCAACAGCUGCUGCAAGAAUGGCUAAUCAUGAUCUAAUGGACAAUCCUCCGUACUUAGGAGCUGGAGGUGCAACAAAUGUUGAAGUAGAAGAUGAUUUAUCUGGAAACAUGCUAGAGACAUGUAUUGAUGACACUGUGUCUUUAAGUGACCCAAAAGAAGGUGGCAAGCAUGAAAAGAAGGGCAGUACAGCAAUGAUUGCCGAUCAAAGAAAAGGUGUGGUUAUCCAGGAUAAAGGGGAACAGCACAAGCCACGGAAACUCAAACAACGCAAAAACAAACCAGAAUUUGAUGUGGCAAAAGAAUUUAAAAAGUGCAAAGAAGAGGAAGCAACUCGUUUGGAUCUUAGCAAAUCCCAGAUUACUGUGAUACCAAAUACAGUGAAAGACUUGUCACAGUUACAAGAAUUCUACCUGUAUGGGAAUAAGCUGGUCACACUGCCGCCAGAAAUAGGGGCUUUGACAAAUCUGACAAAGUUAGGAUUGAGCGAGAACUCAUUGACUACUUUGCCUGACACUCUUCAGAAUCUCAAGAAUCUCAGAGUGCUAGAUUUGAGACACAACAGACUAAAUGAGAUUCCAGAGGUGGUGUACAACUUGAGGUCAUUAACAACUCUUUUUCUUCGAUUUAAUCGAAUCAAGCAUGUUGAUGAAGCUAUUAGAAAUUUAACAAAACUAACAAUAUUUAGCUUGAGAGAAAACAAGAUUUCUAAGUUGCCUCAAGGAAUUGGCCAGCUGGUGAAUUUGCUCACGUUUGACAUUUCCCAUAAUCACCUGGAACAUUUACCGGAAGAGAUUGGAAACUGUGUAAUGCUGAAUUCUUUAGAUCUUCAACACAAUGAACUUUUAGACAUACCAGAAUCUAUUGGGAACCUCAAGUCACUUUCCAGACUUGGUUUAAGGUAUAACAGGCUAACAAGCAUCCCAAAAAGUCUAGCCAAUUGUGUCAUCAUGGAGGAAUUCAACGUUGAGGGGAACAACAUAGGUCAGCUUCCUGAAGGACUCCUCUCCAGUCUGACCGGUCUACGCUACAUCACCCUGUCAAGGAAUGCCUUUCAGUCCUAUCCAAGUGGAGGCCCUGCACAGUUUUGUUCUGUCUAUAAUUUGAAUAUGGAGCACAAUCAGAUCAACAAAAUCCCACUGGGAAUUUUCUCCCGAGCAUCGAGCCUCACCAAGCUGAAUAUGAAGGAUAAUCAGCUUACUUUCUUGCCAUUAGAUAUUGGUAGCUGGUCAAACAUGACAGAACUUAAUCUGGGAACCAACCAGCUAACAAGAGUUCCAGAAGAUAUACAAAAUUUAGAAAAAUUAGAAGUCCUUAUUCUAAGUAAUAACUUAUUGAAGCGUCUACCACCCAGCAUUGGAAACCUAAAGAAAUUGAGAGUGCUUGAUUUAGAAGAAAACAAACUAGAAUCACUACCUCAAGAAAUAGGACAGCUACAGGAGCUGACUCGACUUGUGGUUCAGUCCAAUCAGCUGACAAGUCUGCCCCGUGCCAUCGGAUGCCUGUCGAAAUUGGAAUAUCUUGGCGCUGGAGAAAAUAAUCUGACCUCUCUUCCUGCUGAAAUAGGCACACUGGAGAAUCUGGAAUCUCUGUAUAUCAAUGACAAUCAGGAGCUCCACAGCCUACCAUAUGAACUGGUUCUCUGCAGCAAUCUACAAAUAAUGAGCAUAGAAAACUGUCCCCUCAGUCAAAUUCCACCAGAAAUUGUCGCCAAAGGACCCUCUCUUGUAAUCCAGUAUUUACGGAUUCAGAGUCCUUUUUGUCCAAUAUGACGGUCAAGUCGCAUCCCUAAAUGUGAUAUCAUCCACUUAUUAGAGCGUCACAUUCAUGUUAUGGAAAGCAAGAAGUCGGCCAUUUUGGUGUGUUUUGACAUGGGAAAUCCAGAAGACAAUCACAAUUGAUUUCAUUUCUUGAGGAGGUUUCUAUUGAACUCGGCAACAAAAGCUGAAAAAGUCAAGCAUUGGCAUCCAACCAAGUGGUCAUUUUGGACUGAUUUUGUUAUUACUCUCUAGCUUUUUGACUGAAUGCUUCCCAUUCAUCCUGGCAUAAUCCCAUCCUAGAUGUAUUCCAAUUGCUGGCCUGUGUUCAGACAGACUGACCUAAUAGGUGUCCCAGGCAUAAUAAAAAGACAUCUGUGUGUGGACUAGUUACAGGGGAGAUGCCAGGGGUACCUGUUGAUCUGUCACUACAGACAAUUUCCUUUAGUGUGUUUAGACGUCAUGUUCGUACCACUGUGAUAAAUUUUAGGUUUGUUUUUUUCUGAGGAAAACUUUGGAGAUAAAUAUAUAAUCUUGUCCUUUGUGCUAACUGUAGUUACGUCAAAACAUUUUGUCAGAUUUAGUCAGUAUAUGUGUUGUUCUCUUGACUUAAAUAUUAAAAGGUUUAAUCUGUGUGCAAAUAAAAGUACCGUACUUUUUACUUUAUAUGGACAAGGUCAUGAUUUUGGUCAAAUUUAUUUUUUAAUUUUUAUUGUUUACAAUGCUUUAGUAAUGCAUUGACUAAUGGUCAAUCAAAAUUUGAGUGUCAGUCAUAGAAUUUUAAGCAGAAUAUAGAGCUCACAAUUCUUUUGUUAUGUAAACAAGGCUUGUGCCAUGUUUUUGUUUACAUGUUCAAUAAACAGUUAAAAGUUCUUUUUCAAGCUGAUUUUUUUAUCUGCUAUUUCGUUUUCAACAUAAAUAAACAGUGCCUAGUGUUUGUCACAUUCACUUUAGAUGAAUAAUUGGAAUUUUCUUGUUAGCAUUCAAAAGUGUAAACAAAAACCUGACCUGAGCUUUGUUCACACAAUUAAGAAUUGUGAGCUCUCGCUUAUAACUUGAUGACUGACAUAAAAAUUAUGGUUGAAUAUUAGAAAUGACUUACUGAAGCAUUGUAAACAUAAAAAACCCCAGAAAAAUAUAUUUUUUAUCAAAAUGGUGACCAUGCCACUUUAAGAUUUUGAUAUGUUCAUAAGAAGCUGAAUUUUUUUCAUUUGUUUUAAUAAUUUUGUUGUUAUUAUAGGUGCUUCAGAGUUAUUUUUCCCUUUACUGAUCUUCAAUAUUUGAAGUCAAGUCAUGGUAUGCCAGAGGAAAGAAUGUUUAAUUAUUAGUUUCUGUCAAAGACUCAAAUUUUUAUCGGCAGUAUUGUUUGUAGCCUUGGUAUAUAAAUGUAUGAUUACUGUAUUAUAUAUUUACCUUUGGAGUUUAUUUCCUCUUAAUUAUUGACAUUUGUGUCUCGAGCCAUGUUAUUGGUCCUCUCUGUGCUGAUACCAGUCUUUAGCUCACCUGAGCCAAAAGCUCAAGUGAGCUUUUCUGAUCACUUUAUGUCCAGCAUCUGUCUGCCUGCCCAUAAAGGAUUUAUGCAAGUUAAUCAUAAAUUUUUAUGAACAGAUGUUUAGAUCAUCUUGUGAACUGCAAUGCUCAAUAUGUGAUAUGACUAUAAAAUCAUUCUGUUACAAUUAAAAGGGGCUCAAAGUUUAGCAUGAAAUACCUGGAGAAAAAAUUGAAAAUCUUUUUAUACAGGAUGUAUUUUCCUACAUCGCCCAUAUAAUUUGUAUGUGACUCCAUAUAGCUGAUUUUAUUAUAGUUAUUGUUGCUCAGGUGAGCAAUGUGGUCCAUGGGCCUUUUGUUUUUCUUUAGCGAUGAAGUGUUUCCCAAACUACACCAAAAGCAUGAGCAACAAAGUUGUCAUAAGAUUAACAUUGAGUUAAUGUCUGUCUAGGUUUGAUUAUCUACUUGUACUUAUAUGAGCUGAGUAAAAAAGCUAACACAAUUA